AUGACCUAUGAUGUGGGAUAUCCAGGCCGCCUCGGCGAUGCUGGAGUAUUUCGCUCCUUGGAGCUCAAGGUCCGUUUUGUAAUCAUGAGUUUGGUGUUCUAUAUCAAGAAGUUUUACAGAGGUUUCUGGAUACCCACGACGGUAGAUCUCCACCAACUCGGUAUCAUCGGUCCCGUCCAGUACCAUAUUUUAGUAAACGGUGGUUUUGGACAAGGACAGGCUUAUUAG